GCCGCUGCCUUUGCUUAUAUACGAUCACCUGUGGUCCCAUCUCGUCGCUGACUUCAUCACUCAUGCUCUCAACACCACGGGAUAUUCAUAAAGCGAGACUCGAACGAACAGAUUCGUGAAAAUCACUGUGGAAUCAAAUCGGGAAAGCGGAGAGAGCAAGGUCGGCAAAACACCCCUUUCGAGACGCACAUUAUAGCCAACGUUCCCACCAUGUCCAUCGCAAGGGCAAGCGCCAGCACCGAACAGCCAACGCAAGGAGCCGCCGCCGUCGUUGUCGGCGAUGCGACACUGCCGCACUGCCCUGCGACGCCGGCGCGCGUAUCGCCGGCGCUGUUCGACCUGGCAGGCAGGCACGUUCUACUGACGGGCGGCACACGCGGCAUCGGGCAAGCGUGUGCCGUCGCCCUCGCGCAGGCGGGCGCGCGGGUGUGUCUCGCGGUUCGCCCGGGAACUGACGCUGCAGCUGUGCUCGCCGCACUACCCGCAGCACAGCAAGAGCAGCAGCAGCAGCACGUGACGGUGGAGGCGGACUUGUCCGAUGCGGCGUCGGUGCGCACGGUCGUCCCGCGCGCAGUGGCAGCGUUGUCCGGGCGGCUCGACGUGCUCGUCAACUGCGCCGGGAUCCAGCGGCGCGCGCCUUCCGAGGCGUUCCCGGAGGAAUACUGGGACGAGGUAAUCGCAGUCAACCUCAAGAGCGCAUGGCUACUGUCGCAAGCGGCAGGCAAGCACAUGCUCGAGCGCAAGCUCGCGCUGGUAGCCGCAGGAAAGGAGGCAGACUGGCAGGGAGGCAAGAUCAUCAAUUUUGGAAGCUUGCUCACUUUCCAGGGCGGCUUGACCGUCCCGGCGUACGCAGCGGCCAAGGGCGCCAUCGGGCAGUUCACCAAGACGCUCAGCAACGAGUGGAGCAAGCACGGCAUCCAGGUCAAUGGAAUUGCACCGGGAUACAUUGCAACAGACAUGAACGAGCGUCUGCUGGCAGACCCGACGCGCUUGCGGCAGAUCUCAGAGCGCAUUCCCGCUAACCGGUGGGGCCAGCCGUGGGAUUUUGCGGGGCCGACGGUGUUUCUGGCGAGCGAUGCAAGCCGUUAUGUGUGUGGCGAGAUGCUCGUCGUCGACGGUGGCUGGAUGGGGCGUUGAGCGCGAAUCUCAGUACAACCGCGCUCGGUCGCUUCGUUGGGGGUGGGGUAUGCUCAUGCACGUCGAAGUAACCACCCCAGGAUGCAUUGCGCAAUCAUUAGCACGCGCGUUGUAUAUACCUUGAUAGAUGCUAU